GUGUAUUUCAUCCUGCGACCCAACAAGAAAGCCGAAACAACACUCAAACUUAUAUGAUGAGAAGAAAACGAAUUAGAUGCCCAAAUCAUGCACUAGAAUUUCUGGACAUGAUCCAUUUCUAACUAAGAUCUUGUAACGCUUGAAAAACUUGCGUGGAAUUGGUUGAACUGGAUUUGGGUAGCCAGGAUCAAACCCUUGAACCUAAAAACAGCAUGUAAAUUCAACGAUAGGCGUCAGGCCCUGAUCCAAAGCAUAGAUAUCUACAGAAGAGGUCCGGUCAUUGGUCAAGGUCCAACGGUUCCCCGAAGAUCGAACCAGCAAAUCCCAACUCAAUUUUCCAUCUGAAAAGUAGGGGCAAUUUUCCGAGCUAAGAUUUGCUAAAGAAGGGGAGCAGCCACCGCCUGUCCAUCGAAACACCGUCUCCUCUUCUCCCCUCUACAAAAAAGCCAGACCACCGAGAUGCAUCGGAUCGGAGAGCCUCGGGGAGCAAGAGAUCUACAGAGGAAAUCAAAUCACAACACCAGGGAGCAGAGCAAGGAAGAUGGCAGCCACGGGCACCUCCUUCCCGGUGGCGGUGCUGCUGCUGCUUCUUGCUGUUGCGCCGGCAACCGCCCAGAGUCCGGAGCCGGAAGAGCUAUUCCGCUGCAACAUGCCGAUGGACCUCUUGAGGUCCUGCAAAUACGUGAUGCUGGCCGGAUCCAAGCCCACCUCGGAUUGCUGCGGCUCGCUCAACUUUCUGAAAGACUACUGGCCCCGCUGCCUCUGCAGGUACCUGCAGCUGUCCGGCAACGAGACGUCGCCGGUCUACACGCCGUAUUUUCUCGAGGUGAUGGCGUCUACCAUUGUCUGCAGGAUCUCUCAUGGCUUCUCGGAUUGUCCAGAGAUCUUGGGGCUGUCGCCGAAUUCUGAUGAAGCGAGCAUGUUCCGGAUGCAUUUGAACGUGCCGCUGCUGUCCGACGCCCCUGCUGGCUCGCCCGUCUCUCCUCAAUUCAACGGGGGAGUCGGUUCGGCGAGUUACAGGCUUGGAACUGUUGCAAGCUUCAUCGCAGCUGCUGCAUGGCUCCUAAUAUAGCACAUUUCCGGCAUUUUAUCCGGCGCUCUACCGAUCAAAGACAUUCGAACAAGCCAGAGAAAUGCUUCAAUUCCUUGCUCAUCUAUCCUCCCAUGUCAUUAUCCAUCGCAUUGGUUGAUGGUUAAAUGGCAUCUUAAAUAUGCUCCCUUGAUGUAAAAUUUACAGGAAAUUAAGAGGAAUCCGAUCUCCAUCCCCCCCGCAGGUUGGUCCCUCAUCUUAAAUAAUGCAUAAUGCAGAUAUCCAGAAUUAUAUUUGGGA